AUGACAUACCGUAUAAGCGGCCCACUCGGCAACGACGACAAUGCUCAGUUUACACCACCGCGCGUGCUAAGGACACGCACCUCGGAGCUCUCCCGCGCCUUGGAGUCGCAGCGCAAGUCUGGCCCGCGCACAGCUUCAGAAUCGCUUGCGCGCAUGACCAGCCAUCGCGCCCCUGCGCGCAGCAGCGUCGACCUCGGGGUGCAAUCGCCCAGCAUCCAGUCCACGCCGAGCACGCAAAAGCAGUCGGCGUUUUUCGGGCGCCUCGCGAGCCGCCUGGGCCGCCCCCAGCCGUCCCUCGAAGUCCAAUCCGCCAUGUGUGGCUUUUUGAAGAAGAGCACGGGUGUGAUGAGUCUUGCGUGGUGGAGCGAUGCGCUUCCCACAGCCAAAAACGCCCAGCGUGCAGAGCCUGGGCGCGGCUGGCGCCCGUUCAAGGUGUUUCUCUCCGACGGCAAGCUUUACUUUUUCAAAGUGCCCACAGCCAUGAUCCCCGAGGUGCGCAACACCUUCCUCAUCCGCGCGUCGGUCUGGACGACGCCCGGCCAGGAGGAAGAGCCGCUCGCGGAGAAUGCGUCGGAGCCAGACUCGCCGUCGCUCGUCGAGCAGACGUCGGCGCUGAGCGUGACGGACACCAGUGCCCAAGGCGAUGCGCGCGAUGCACCGCCUACCACAGAAUGGGAAAGCCCGAUCAAGCACCCCGACCUGCGCCUCGUCGAGAAUCCCCCCAAGCGCUGGGUAGCGCGCAUCCGUCACGGCACGCCGCACGCCCUCGCCCACGAGCUUGUCUUUGGCACGCAGCACACGAUGGAGCAAAACCCCGCGCGCGACGCAGCACCAGACGAAGACACGAGCGAAACCACCUUUCUGCACAUGGUGUUUUACUCGCUCGGCACCUCUGCCGUGCCGUGGCACACCUUCUUGCAGCUCCUCCGCGCGCAGCUGCAGCUGGCGAGCAAGCUGCGCCUGCUGCACACCGAGCUCGGCUGUGUGCACAGAGUACGCGUCUUUCUCGACCUCAUGCUCUGGAAGCGCCCCCUCCUCGAGUCUGGCCACGAGCCGCACGUGUUUGAGGCGCUCGAGCACCUUGCGUCCGACAUUGCGCACGUCGAGCCCGACGCCUACGUGCCCAUCCUGCGCCAGAUCCGCACGUGGCGCGAUGCAUGCGCGGCUGGCGAUGCGUGUGCGCCGACCAACUGGCUCGUGCACGUCGGCCAUCCCGACGCGCGCGUCCUGCACCGCAUGGAUCUGCAAGACCUGCACACGACAUGGAGCGCCGCCGAGCUCCUGCGCUGCGAGCCGCUCGAGAUCGCGCAGCAAAUCCAGUGUUUUCACGCGGAUCGCCUCACGGCCUUUUUCAACGCGCCCGUGACGGCCUACCGCCUCUCGAGCACGGUGUCCGAGUCCCUGUUGCGCUCGUUUCGCUUCGACGCUUCGCGCCCGCAUUGGCUCACCCAUGUAAUUCUGCGCCAGCUGCUCGUGGACGAGGCGCCGGAGCGACAGUCGGGCGCGGAUGCGUCGCCUGCAGGCCGCGCCGCCAUCUUCCAGCGCUGGGCGGCGAUCGCCGUGUGCCUCUACGAGCUGCAUGACUUUGCGGGAUGGGCCGCUGUCUCUGCCGUGCUCUGCUCGCGCCCCGUCGCGGCCAUGGAAAGCAUGUGGCGCGUGAUGCCGAGCGCGACGCGCGAGCAAGUCGCGCAGUACGCCGAGCACCUCGAAGCACUCGGCUGGCUCGAAGGCGCCAUAUCCCUCGUCACCCCAAAGUUUUCCGCAAGCGACGCGGCACAGUCGAGCGCGAUUCCGUUCAUGGGCAAUGCAGGCCUGUUGCAUGCCGCGCAUCCCAAUCCCCUCGUCCACGAUCGGCGUCACAAAACCAAGGUCGUGCGUAUUGCCCAGCAAGAGCCCGAGUUUAAUCGCGUGCGUGCGCUCGCGCAGCACCUAACGAGCGUUUAUGCCGCGGGCACAGCGGCGCCCGCUGCCGUGCCCGUGGCCGAGUACCAAUGCCUCUUCCAGCGUCUCACGCAGCACGAAUAUCCGCUGCACACGAGCAUCAGCGACUAUAUGGGCAGCGCGAUGGCCACAGAGCACGCCGCGCCCGACAUUGGCGCCCAAGCCGACCACCAGCAGCACUGGUCGGCGAAGGCGAAUGCGGACGCUGGCCUCGCGAUUGUCGCGCCCACGCCGUUCCCCACGCUUCUUCCUGGCCAGCCGAGUCUGCGCGCAUUGCCUUCGCUGCCGCUGGGCGUGUGUACCAUGCCGCGUGCAUUUGCCUCUGUGCAGCUCUGGAGCGUGCGCAACGACACGGCCAAGGACAUUUGGAUGGGCAAUGCACUCGCUUUCCGCCCGAUUGCUAUUCCCAAGAAUGCGAGCGUCCGCGGUGCGCCCAGCGCCGUCGCCGCUGUCGACCAGUUCCGCGUGGAAGUGCGUGCAGGAACGGUGGAGCACCUAAUCGAUCUCCUCGUGCUCGGCGCCUCGCCGUUUGUAGUGCGCCAGCCCGUGAGCAGCGACGCGGCCGAGUACCGCUUCCUCCAUCUGGCCCUCGAGCAGGUGGCCUACCGCGACGCUUUUCUCCUCUGCCAUGCACAGUGGGUGAGCAGCGCAGUGCUUUUUGAUGCGCUCAAGCUCCGCUGGGAUGCCGCCGAGGAGGCGAGCCGGGAGCUGGCCUUUUACACGCGUACACACGUGCCCAACCAGCUGCCUUCGUGGAAACCUGUGCCCGAUGCGGCGUAUGCACAAGAGCCCGUGCACUGGGACACUGUCAAGCGUAUCCGCCUCGGCGUCCUGCACGUCCUGCAGCGCUGGAUGGAGCUGCACUACAGCAAGUGGAUUACCGACCUUGUCCUCUUUGAGACGGUCCACACCUUCCUCAAGAGCGCCCAGGCCGCUUCGAGCGCGCCUGCCAUGCCCGCUGUUGCCACGGCCAUCGAUGGCGCGCUUGCGAAGCUGCCGAGCCUUGUGCGGGAAACGAGUGCGUCGUACGGCGCCGACGUGCAGGUGUUUGAGGCGCUGCACCCCCAAGAAACGACGCCGCGCCUGUUUGACUGGGCAUCGCAAGGCGCCGAGGAGCUUGUAUCCUACCUCGAGUCCAUCCUUGCGCCGAGCUUUGCGGCGCUCACCGAGCACGACCUCGCCACGACCGCCAGGGCGCUAUCCACCAUCGACGGUGCCGACUGGAUCAAGGAGGCGCACGCGCUCGGCGCCGACAGCCCCAGUGCGUUUUUCGAGCUGCUCGCUUCGAUUGCGUCCCCGGGCGGAGAGCGGCUCUUUGCCACGCUUCCCGCCGCCGUGCGCGAGCUGUGCGAAAUACACACGACGAUUGCGGCGUGGAUCGAAGCGCAGCUGUGCGAGCCGCGCAUCGGCUUGGAGCGCCGUGCGACGCGGAUCGGCAUUGUGCUCGACGCCGCACUCAUCAGCCGCACACGCAUGGCGUGUGCGAUGCAGCGCCAGCAAGCGGAUGGCAGCGGCGUGCGCGACCAGUUGCCAGCCUCGUUUGUCGAGUGCGUCUGUACACGCGCGCUCACAAGCAAGCAGAGCCAAGCGCACCUCGCCGCGUGGGACCAGGUGACGACGUAUCGAAGUGCGGCUUCGUGGGACACGCUGCUCACGUGUCCCUAUCCUGGCGUCGUGGCCAUGACGGCCACGAUCACGCCCGACAUUGGCUGGUGCCUGCAGUGGCUAUGCCACACGAUGCUUACGAUGCCCAUUGCGUACGACGACGAGGCGCUUCUUCUUCACUUUGCGCGCUACUGGACUGUGAUGGAGAUAGUCCGCGACACGCUCCAGCAGCAGUGCGCGGAGGCAAAGAGUGUGCGCGCGCGCUCUGUCGCCCGCGUCCGAUACCGCUGGCUGCGCGAGUCGCUUGCCAAGGCAGUAUGGAAGGAGCAAACGGUCCAGGAAGACGCCGCGCUCGAGUCCACCUUUCGCAGCACCAACAACACACUCUUCUUCCAGUCCCUCAAUGCCACGCGCGAGCAAAAGGUGCAGGAGCUGCACACGCUUGCGACCAAGCAGUUGAUGGCCCCAGCUUCGCUCGCCGUGCCCACCAAACACAUGCUGAGCCCUGCCUCGGUCCACAGCGCGCUGCUGGACAUGUCGGACGAUGGGCAAACGGCAGAAGAGCAGGUGCGCGACGCGCUUCUUGCUGCGGUGCCCAUGAACAAGGCCGCGACUGUGUUUAGCUGCAGCGGUGCCGCGCUGAGUGUGUGGCCCUAUGCGCGGCAUCCUUUUGUCUUUCAGCUCGUGCUCCCCAACGGCACAAAGUGCGUGCUCAAAGUGCCGAACUAUGACGAGUUCUGCCAGUGGAUCGCACAGCUCCAAAGCCUGCCCAAUGUGCGUAUGGAGGCGUUUGACGCGGGCGAGUACGCGGCGAAUGUAUCGGAGCACAUUGGGCGCACAAACGCCAAGGUGCUCUUCAAAGUCUCUUUACGCGAUCUGCACGCGCGUGAAGGAGGCCACGCAGUGCCGUACGCCAUGGAGCGCGUCUUGAAGGAAGUUGAAACGCGCGGCCUGCACGAGAAUGGCAUUUACCGCAUCUCGGGCGUGCGCACCGCCGUCGACGCGCUCCAGACUGCACUGGACUCGGAGCGGCGCAACACGUUUCCGAUUCAUCGCGCGGAUGUGCAUGCACUUGCGAGUGUAGUAAAGCUAUGGCUACGUGAGCUCCCUGAUCCACUCGUGCCCUACGCGUUUUACCAGCGCCUGAUUGACACUGAGCAGCUGGAGAACCAGGAGCUGCGCGUGGGUGCAAUGCGCCGUCUUAUUCGCGUGUUUCCAAAGAGCCAUUACCUUGCUUUGGAGCGCAUCAUGCAGCACCUCGCCACCGUUGCGCGCGCCUCCAAAGUCAAUCUCAUGGCGCCGCACAAUAUCGGGCUUGUGUUUGGAUCGACCGUGUUUCGGCCGCCGCCCGCAGCAGGCAGCGUUUCCGAAGCGUUCCACAACUUGGGCAAAGCUGCUCACCUCGUCAAGAUUAUGGUCGUGAUGCACCGGCACAUUUUUCAAACGAGUGCCUCGGACGCGCCCGCCACGUAG